GGUGAUCGAACCAGAGACAAAAGACAGCUGGGGUCUUCCACAAUUAAAGGGAUCAGCUCGAAUCAUUGUGCAAUCGCCAUCAAAGGACGAGUCAAGUGCCAUGAGUGGUCAUCCGUUGCCUGUUCGAGUCGCUGAACUAAUAAGCCCACCUGAUCCAGAUACUGCUCGACUCUCGUUACCCGAGCCCACUACGUUUCAGCCUACACCACAUUAUGAACCAACGGAAUCCAGUCCACCACCCGAAGAACCAAAACCACUCACUAUUGAUGUAAGCUCUGCAUAUUGCAUUUCUUUACAACAUCGAAAUGAAUUUCUAUCAUUCAUUCUCGAUUGA